UCUCUCGAGUGCAAUUUUCAAUGGCGCACAUUAUUUUAGCUUGAUCUUAAAUUUACUGCUUUUUUCGGCUUAGCUACCAAUAUACCAAUAGAAUUUUGUGAAAUUGAUUAACAUUAAUUUAUUUACAAAUUAAUUAGGUAACAAUUUUCGCUUUUGUUUUAAAAUACCACGAGAUCAACGGGGUCAAUGCCAAGGCCGAAGAGACAACUUAAACGGGCGGCUGCCCGUGAUACUCAAGACCCAGGACAAGCACGCAGGCCAGGCCGGCGCAGGGCUCAACGCCAACAGACCAACAAUAACGAACAAGAUGUCCAGGCUCAACUGGCACCCCCUCAGCCCCAGGCAGUCCAACUACCCCAGGCAGCCCCACAGCAUCAGGCGGCACUGUUACAACAGGCAGCCCCACCACAGCAAGCCCAGGAUCAGGCGGUGGGAAGUCUUUCGAGCAGCAGCACCUUAUGCAGACCUUCAUCCGCAGGCCAUUCCAGCCCUAUUCCAGACAUUACUCUCACAAGUCACAUCCAAUCAUCGUUCAACGCUUCAGUUGCUGUAAACACUAGGCAAACACACACAGCAGGCAUCAAUUCAUUUGAAACAUUUCGCCGGUCUCAUAACCUACCCAGUCUGUGGCCACCUCUCGACACUCACAUUACAAGGUUUAUCGCUUACCUGUCACUUUCAAGUUACAAAUACUCCACAGCUCAGUCAUACAUUGCAGCCAUCAGUUUUUACAGCAAAGCAAUUUACAAUGUAGAUCCUACUAAUCAUUUUAUUAUAAGAAAGCUACUUCAGGGCAUGCAAAGAACAACACUACACAAGGACACUCAUGGCUUCAUGGACAGCUAG